AAUUAAUAUUUACUUUAUUUUAGAUAAAAUUACUAGAUAAAAAAAUAUAUCACAAAAAAACAAUUGGACAGUUUUGGGCACAAAAUGGCUGAUCAUGAUUCCCUUAUUGAGCAAUUCAAGGCGGUUACAAAUGAAAACGAUGAUCGCUCUCGUUUUUAUCUCGAAAGUGCAAACUGGGAGAUUGAUUUAGCUCUGAGUAGUUUCUAUGACAACGCAGGGGGACCGGAACUCAUGGAGACUGAACCUGUUAUACCUCAACCUGGUGCAUCACUCAGUAACACUGAGCAGAAUGAUGAGUUUCAUGAUGCAAUGGUAGAUAGCUCAGAUGGGAAAGAUACCAAGAGCAAACCAUCAGGUACCUCUAGUAACUCACGGUUUCGAUCGUUAGCGGACUACGACCGAGCGGAAGACCGUAAAAGUGAUGACAGUGAGGAAGAGGGCCAGGAAUAUUAUGCAGGAGGUUCAGAACACAGUGGAGAGGUUAUCGUAGGUCCAGGAAAGAAGAAACGUGGCGAAGAUAUAGUUUCAAAAAUGUUUAAGAAUGCAAAGAAACAUGGCGCUAUGCCUGUGGAUGAAGCUUCAUCUUCAUCAGGGAAAAAGAAAGACAAAAAGUAUUUCACCGGUGGUGGGUAUAAGCUCGGAGCCGAGGCUGAGGACCAUGAAUUCAUACCAGGAGCUGAGAAGCCAGAGGAACGCAAAUUAGACGUUGUACUCAAACUGUGGAAAAAUGGAUUCACUGUUGGGGACGGGCCGUUACGAGACUACCACGACCCAGAAACAAAAGAAUUCUUGGGUGCAAUAGGAAAAGGAGAGAUACCUCAGGAAUUAUUACGAAUGGCUCAAGGUGGUGAAGUCAACUUGGACAUGGAAGAUCACAAGAAUGAAGAUUAUAAACCAGAGAAACAAAAAAUGAAAGCUUUCACAGGUGAAGGUCAUACACUUGGUGGCAUCACACCAAAUGUGGUAUCAAGUGUUACUCCUCCUUCAAAACCAGCAGAAACGACAUCAGUCGACCCAGAAGUAAUCAUUAACGAAUCUUCUCCUGUCACGACAAUUCGAGUCCAACUCGGUGAUGGGUCAAGGGUCACACAAAAGUUCAACCACAGCCACCAGGUGGCAGACGUGUAUUCUUUUGUACGAAAUCGUUCAAGCGAAUCGAGAAAUUUUGUCUUAAUGACGACAUUUCCUAACAAAGAACUCAAGGACGAUGAAACUACUUUAAAAGAAGGAAAAUUAUUGAACGCUGUCAUUGUUCAAAGAUUUAAAUAAGCAAUCAUGUUAUGUUUCUAUGGUAAUGCUGGUAUCCAUAGCAACAUUGUUGCUAUGACAACGAAUCUUUUCUGCUAGGAAGUUUUUAUUAUAACAUGGCAAUACCUUACUGUAGAUAUUAGUUUAUUCCACACUGACUUUACAUUGAGCCUCAGCUAUUGUCUUGAUGAUACUGUGAAUUUAGCCUUAGUUAUCAAGGAAACUUUGGU